AUGGAACCAUUCCAAUACGAACCCCUCGACCUUGGGUUGAGGUCAUUUCGACUCCUCAUUCUCUAUCCAGGAGGGGGCGAGAUCAGAUGCGAUAUAUUCCAAGCAAGCCUCGAACCUGACGAAAUCAUACCCUACGAAGCCCUAUCCUAUGCAUGGGGCUGUACUGACCUUGUCGAAUCUAUUUCCGCUAGCGGGAAGAGACUGCCCAUCACGAGAAACCUCUUUUCGGCAUUGACCCAUCUGCGGACCGAGGAAGCGAGGAUACUCUGGGUGGACGCACUAUGCAUUGACCAGAGUAAUCUUGCCGAGCGAGGGCAUCAGGUCGGACACAUGGCCGGCAUUUACAGACAAGCGGAGCAAGUUCUCGUCUGGUUGGGGCACUCGACGCAAGAUACAAUACUUUUGAUGGACGCCUUGAAUAAGUCACGGCGAGAAUCAAGGGAUACGGAAGGCAACGCCUCAUGCCCGGUUUUGCCAUUGAACCCAAGCUUCAUUGCGAGUCAUCUCGAUAGGCUCCGAAAGGCUUUAGAGCAUCUCUUGGAACAGCCAUGGUUUACGAGAGUCUGGGUGCUGCAAGAAGUCUCUUACGCCCGAAUGGUGCUGAUAUGCUGUGGUCAUCAAUUUAUCCCAGCUAACAUGUUCGUUCUGGCCAUAUCAGCCGCCGGGAUUGAGCUCAAUGACCAACAGAGGGCCUUACUGGAUUUAAUGCCGAGUUCAUCCAACAAGUCAUCAGCGAGGAAAAAGACUCUUUAUACACUCCUCCUACAGUUCCGCUCGAUGCAAGCAACGGACCCACGCGAUAUGGUUUACGCCUUGCUUGGCAUAGCAUCCGACACACAACACGGUACUGCGGCAACGCUGCUUUCAGCAGACUACUUGAAGAGUGAGGAGCAACUCAUACGUGAUUUGGGAGCCUACAUUCUUGUAGGCGAUACUGAAUCAUGGCUAUCGCCGUGCUCUGACAUGCUCGUAUUCCUCAAUGCAUUAUCAGCCUUGGCAGCUGACAGAUUGGUCGAUCUCGUGGUUGCCGGUCAUGUCGGAGACGCUAAAUUGAUUUGCCAUAGACUUGGGUUAUCGAAACCCGAGGUGACUCCUAGCGCUGUGUUGCACCUCAAACGCAGAUGUGAGAUUUCGGGGUUAAAUUCGGCUUUUCGAAAACUCCUUGCUUCAAGAGCUCCAAAACUCGCUUUCAGCAUGGAUAGUCUUAUUGCUAUUCUUACUUCGUGCGACCUUCCCACCGCAGUUUUCCUUAUGAAAAUGCCUGAGGAUGGCCUGUGGAUCACCAAAAAGUUGGUCAGAGCGAUACGUGAAAGAAAGAAUGUUCGGGCGUUGCGUUCGCUGGCAGCGAGAGCACCGGUGCGGCAAGUAUUCUUCGAAGAACUGACGCAUUGGGGUAUCCCAAUCACGCAGGAAGCUUUCAUCGCGAUUUUGUGUUGGUUAGGACCAAAACGAACCGUGGAGAUUGCGAACGGCCAAUGCAACGCAUUCAAGGUCGAUCAAAAGCUAGUGGAGGAGACUAGAUUGCGUUUUCCUUUCGAGGCAGUCAGGGACUGGUUUGAAGUUAUGCUAGCGAGUGAUAAGAUCGAGUUGCGUUUUGACACUGAACAAUUCUGUCGUCAAUUCGGCUCUGGCGCGUACGUAGCUUACCCUGCUACGAAUGCCUAG